AUGCUUAGUGCCAUGAGUUUGGCCGAUCUAGCGACGGAGAUCCGCAAGGCGAUUCUGCGGGCCGAUGAGCAGUUCACGGAUGACGUGGUAGCUCUUGUAGAGCAGCUUGAAGACGUCGAUCGACUGGUACCUACCGCUUUUCUGGAUGUUCCCGGCUUCAACUGCGUGCUAACCUCAUGGGUGAACUUCAAACUGUACGGAUUGGAGUGGGGACCACUGCUGGGCAACAAUAUUGAAGCUGUACGGGUGCCCCAUGUUGGUUGCAUCAACGGCGGUCAAGUUGUGCUCCCAGUUUUGCCGAAUGGUGGCAUGGAGAUUCUAGUCGGCGUAGAAGAAAGUUGCUUGGGCCGACUGUUGGAUGACCCCUUGUUCACAAAAUAUGGCGUCGCUCGGUAG